UGAACAGCAUGGAUCAGAACAUCCAAAAUGGCGGCUCUACCUCCACCAGUCCCUACAACAACGACCAUGUCCAGAACAACGUGUCAGCUCCUUCACCCUACGCCCAGCCCAGCUCCACCUUCGACGCCAUGUCCCCCUCCCCGACUAUCCCCUCCAACACAGACUACGCUGGGACACACACCUUCGACGUCUCCUUCCAACAGUCAUCCACAGCCAAGUCUGCCACCUGGACGCUCUGCUCCUGCCUUGCAGCUCUGCUCUACCUGGCAGCUUCUGCUCUACCUGGCAGCUCUGCUCUGCCUGCAGCUCUGCCCUGCCUGGCAGCUCUGCUCUGCCUGGCAGCUCUGCCCUGCCUGACAGGUCUGCUCUGCUCUGCCUGGCAGCUCUACUCUACUCUGCCUGACAGCUUACUCUACUCUGCCUGA